UCUAGCACACACAACCUACAAAUUCAGAGAUAGUUCUGGAAUUUAUAGUUUUAAUUAAUAAUAAAAGAAAGCUAAGCAUAAGUGAAGCAGUCAAUAUGUCAGACUGGGAUUCUGUUACAGUUCUCCGGAAAAAGGCUCCGAAGUCGUCUACUCUAAAAACCGAAUCGGCGGUCAAUCAGGCUCGCCGCCAAGGCGUUGCCGUGGACACCCAACAAAAAUAUGGUGCUGGCACCAACAAGCAGCAUGUGACCACCAAAAACACUGCCAAGCUGGACCGCGAGACUGAGGAAUUGCGCCACGACAAGAUACCGCUUGACGUGGGCAAGAUCAUCCAACAGGGACGUCAGAACAAGGGUCUCAGCCAGAAGGACUUGGCCACUAAAAUUUGUGAGAAACAGCAGGUUAUAACUGAUUACGAGGCCGGACGCGGCAUUCCUAACAACUUGAUACUCGGAAAAAUGGAACGGGUGCUUGGCAUCAAGCUGCGCGGCAAGGAGCGUGGCCAACCAAUAGCGCCUCCCGGUAAAAAGUGAGACGACGCUGCCGCGUCCACUGCUUGUGGCGCUCCACCAUCGAACACCUCAACACGCAACAAUGCCAGACAGCAGCAGCAACAACAACAGCAGCAGCACCAGCAACACCAGGAGCCUGGCUGGAGCACCGUGAGCAGAAGACGCAAAUGAAGCCUUAUCGGGAGGCUCUUAACCAAAUCAAAUCGGAUUAACUAAACCACGCAGCCCAAGACACACACAAAUCCACACCCAAUUCUCCUUUUACCUAUGAGCGCGCCAUAGUUCUUGAAUGUUUGUUUGAUGCCAAAAACGAAACUAAUCGCCGCGUUUCACACACAUAAACACGAUGGCUUUACCUAUUAUUAUAACUACCAUUUGCAUCCCCCUUCCCCCCUUUUUAUUUGUUUUCUGAUAAAUUGAAUAUUGUAAUUUUAAAAUACAAAUCACAAGCACAGCCUCGCUCUUCCCUCGCAGAGGCCACAGAGACAGAGAGAGAGACACUAAAGCGAAACGCAACAGACUAAUUUGAUAUUAUUUGAUAAGGGUCAGCGCUCAUAGUUUGAGGGGAAAAAUAUUUUUCAUUCAUACACACAUUCGCAAUGGCAAUUGGCAGGCAGCAAAGUUGCCUUUCUUUUCGGUUAUACAAAAAUUUAAGUUGUGGAAUUAAAAAGCAAAACAUGAAAACA